AGCCUUGCUGAGCCCUUGUCAUGGCACAGCUCCCCAAUGACUCCUGGCAGAACGCCUCAGCCCCUCUCUUCACAGGCCUCGACCUCCUGCUGGAGCUCAAGCCGCUCUUCAUCCCGCUCUACGCCACCCUGGUGGCUGUGGCGUGCACGGGGAACCUCUUCCUCAUCCUCCUCAUUGCUCUCACCAAGAAGCUGCACUGCACCACCAAUUUCCUCAUUGGCAACCUGGCGGCGGCUGACUUCAUCAUGUGCUUGGCCUGCGUCCCUCUGACUGUCUCCUACGCCUUCGAGGUGCGGGGUUGGCUCUUUGGGAUGUUCAUGUGCUACUUUGUCACUCUGAUGCAGGCCACCACCGUGUUCGUCUCGGUGCUGUCCCUCACCGCCAUCGCCGUCGACCGCUACAUUGUCGUGGCCUACCCCAUCCGCCGGCGGAUAAGCUGCAAGUCCUGUGGCUGCAUUGUGGCCUGCAUCUGGCUGCUCUCCAUCCUGGCCUCUGCUCCUACCUCACUGCACACACAGUACUUGGAUCUCAACGCCAUCGGCCACGACAUGAUCAUCUGUGAGGAGUUCUGGAAGCAUGAGGAGAGGGAGCGGCUACUGUACUCCUGCCUGAUGCUCCUCUUGUCCUACAUGCUCCCGCUGCUGGCGGUGUCGGUCUCCUUCUGUGCUAUCUCCUACCACCUGCGGAGGAGGAACGUCCCGGGGGCCGCCUACCCCUGCCAAGACAAAUGGAGCAAAACGAAGCAGAAGACUUUCCGUGUGCUCACCAUCUCGGUGGUUUGCUUUGCAGUCUGCUGGCUGCCCCUCCAGGUGGUCAACUUCAUCAGAGACGUCGACGAGGAGUUCACCAUCCUGGACAAGAGGUACGUGAACGUCAUCCAGGUCUCAUGCCACCUGGUUGCCAUGAGCUCCGCCUGCUACAACCCCUUCAUCUAUGCCUCCCUCCAUGACAAGUUCCGCUUCCACCUCAGCAGCUACUUCUACCGCAAGAAGAAGAACUCCAGCGUCGUGUCCUACAAGGCUUCUCGGUUCAACACCUGCUCCACUUUGGCAGAUGCCCCAGCUGGGCUCUCGGAUAAGAUAGCUUUGCAAACCAGGUUCUCUUAGCUAGACUUCCCCUCCAGACUUGCUUUUGGACCUGGAUGUAGGUGCUCAUGCCUGGCAAGGAGAGUGAGCACCACGGAACCAAGCGAUGGGAUGUCCGUCCUCAAGUAGCAGCACUUCUGAGCAGCUCAAGGACAUUUUGUUCCUUGCCACAGAGCACACCAGUGCAACAACAACAAACACCGCAGCCACGUGAAAAUAGAAUACUCCUGAGCAGGAUUUACCCACUAGCCCCCAUAGUGCACUGGUGGGUGCUCCCACCUGGUCUGACUGAAGAAUCAGUGAAACAGCUUUUACUUGCCUUGUUGAAAUAGAACAACGUACAUACAUCUGGAUUAACGACUGGGUGCAUAACUGCUGUGAGACAGUGUUCCAUAAGCUUCGGUUUUCAAAACACACUGGCUCGGUCAAAACCUGCCUCGAUAUGAGUGCUUGCUUUGUGUGCAAGGAGAAAUGCUUGUGCUGUACCACAGGGUUGUGCAGGAAGGCUGGGGAUGGGGCAUAUACACAUCCUAUCUGACUAUGCUAAGGGGCUGGUGCUGUAUUUGCAGCACAAAGACAUCUCCUUGUGGUGUAUCUAGGGGUGGGCAAGAUGUUGGGUGCAUUUAAAGAAGUCUUUGGAAUACACGUCAUUUUGUAGGAUAAAGAUUGUUCCUAAGCAACAGAUAGCAUUUUCUGCCUCUGGAAUAACACCAGCUUUCCCAACUAGCAGUUAAGAGCUGUGCAUUUUUUUGUGGAAAUUGCAGUCCAUUGGUGAAAGGACAAUAUACGUUCAUUUUUCUGCCAGCUGGCGUGGAGGGCACACAGCCACAGUUUGUGCUGAGUGUGGGGACACUUCCAUCAUCUGCUUGUCCUUCUGAGUAACCUCAUCUCUGUAACCUCAUUGAAUAGCCCCAGUUUCUUCAGCCAGAAGCGUGCAGCCAAACAAGGUGGGCCAGCUGGGGCUCAAGGGAAUGGAGUGGGUGAUAAGAAUGGUAUUAAGCUGUGUGCUUGCUGAGGAAGAAGUCCCAGUCUUCACUCCGAGUGGUUUAAAAUGGCAUAUGUGUUUCUUGGGCAGAGGUGGGAAUCCUGGUCGUGGGCUACUCUGACCCCAAAACUGCUGAAUAAAUUGUGGGUUGGACUCUGGUGUCUCCAGAUGCUGGUUGGACCUUGAGAGCCUCAGGAAACAGCCUGCUGCUGGCUCACCUUACUGCUGAGACCUUCACAUGCCCCAGUGGCCAUCCUGGAGCAUGAGAUGGAAACCCAUCAAGCACAACACAGCUCACAUUGCUGGCGUCUUGCAGCUUUCUUGUGGCUACGUAGGGUUGUGCUCGGGACUGAGGCUGAAGCACUUGUGCUGGUGGAGCAAAGCCUGGGUCGCUGCU